AUGCCUAUAAGUGUGAAGGAAUGUGCUAAAAGGGCUAGGGAAUUAUAUCAGAAGCAGGAAUUUGAACAAUGCUUAGAGAUCCUCAAGCCAGCUUUUGAGGAAGGAGUUGCCAAUACAAAUAUUGCCUGCCUUCUUCUUGCAUCUGCUUGCUAUGAUAAUCUCAAAUACGAAGAUAAAGCUGUUGAUGCGGCCCAUAGGGUUCUUAUAAUUGAUCCCAAGAACGUCCAGGCAUGGCUUGGUCUUUCACAAUUCUGCAUGAAGAAUACAGACCGUUUCUAUAUGCUUGCUGCACAAUGCUUCUUGUUUCUUAUUCCACACUUUUCAAGUGAAAAGAAUGCUAAGAAACACAUCGAAUGCCUAUCAAAUCUAAUUCAACUUAUAGUUCGCUAUCGGCUUGAAUUCCCCCCUGGUCUGCAACCUCUGAAAGAUAUCUGCAAUGCUGUUCUCGCUGGAGAUAAUGCUAACCCAUAUGCACUUGAGGCGAGACUUCGGCUUAUGGUUGAGUCGGCACUAUGUAAGCUUUAUAGCACCUUUAACAAAAUUUCGGGCUUUUCAUCAUAA